CAUUCGCUCAAGUCCCGAAUGUUUUCCAAAAAUCAGAUGAUGCAGCCGCCGCUUAUAGUCUGCCUACUUGUUGCUUCACUGAUGCUGCAAUUGAUCUGUGGUGCACCUCUUGCACCGGCCACGCCUGAUGGCGCCACGCCCAUUGAUGCCCGGGUCUCGGCCGCUGAAUUUGGUGCCCAGGAUGUCUUUGAUGUGGCCGAAGCCGCUGCCGGCGAGGCCACUCAAGCGGAGGCCAGUGAAGCCGGGUUUAAGAUCUCCCUGCUCCCCACUCCCGCCAAGACUGCGGAAUCGGUAAACCUUGAGCAGGAGGGUAUACCCUCCAAGGUGCUUAGUGCCUACGAUAACAGCCAAAAGAAGCUGGCGGACUUCACCCAGCCUGCUCCCAUUUUGGAUACCAUCAGCGAGCAUGAGAAGUAUGGCAACAAUGGCGACAUGUUCGAUGGAAUCUCCCGGACUCUUGUCAAUGGUUACGAGGCCUUCUCCAACCUGCUCAACACCUUCAUACAGAAGCCCAGAGAGCUGGCACGAAGCGUUACCAAGGGAAUUACCGCUCAGUUGGAUAUUAUUGGUGGGAAAUUGGUGGGACUUUAAUGG